AUUUAAUUAAUGUGCAAUUGACCGGAUUAGGUAAUGUAUACCAAGCUCCGAGAAAUGGGGAAUUCUCCCAGGCUCGAGUGAGCUUUAAUAUAUCCCCCCCGAGCCUGGGGUGGUCUGCUGCUUGUCAAUUAGGCUGGUAGAUUAAUUCCAUAAACAUCUUGAAUAUAUAGGUAUCUAUAUAUAUAGGUAUAUAUGGCUAGGUAUAUAAACGACUUGAAUCAUCUUUCAGUCUUUGACUUAACUGGUGAUAGUGGUUGAUAGUCCAAAGCACAGCCUAAGUACUCCCGAGAACUAUCUACUUGUAUAACAGAAAUCAAGAUGCGGGUAACAUCUCUGCUCACGCUCGCGUUCGCCGCGACUGGCUUCGCCCAGGCUCCCGAGGGCUACAAGACCGUUUACAUCACGUCGAUGGUAGACUCCAAGUUCGUCUUGGUUCCCAAGUCGAACACCAGCGGCAGCACUCUAGUCAUCAAGACCGGCAGCCAGAAGCCCGAGCAGCAAUGGUACAUCAAGACCGGCAGCACCAAGAUCCAGCUAGCCGGCACUGAGCUCUGUCUAGACGCAGGCGAGAAAUCUAACUGGAAGGACAUGGCCAACAUCUACAUCAAGGAGUGUUCCGACACCGCGGACUCGCAGAAGUGGGUUGCCAUGGAAGACGGACGGAUCGCCGUCGAGAAGUCGAGCCCCCAGGAGUGCCUCGACCUGCAAUACAUGCGCGCCACGGAGAACAACCCCGUCGGCCUGUACAGCUGCGCGGGCCUAGGAAACAUCGGCGCUGCAGACAAGGGCAUCAACUGGCCGCUUACCGAGGUUACUGCUCCUUAAAGUUGUAGGCUGGGUAGUUAUUCGGUGGCGUGGCCAAGUUCUCGUUGUAUAUAGCAGUAACGUGGUAAAUGGCACACGAAUAUGCGAGCUAUGAAUUUGGGUUGAAAAGAAAGUGAAUCUGGCAUAUCGGUUAUUAU